CUAUUCCCACUCCAAUCUCAAAAAAACCAACAAACCCUAACUGUUGAUGGCUAUGUGAAAGAAGAAGAAAAAUGCAGCGAUGUAGAAUUUCCGAAGAAGAUAGAAUCAGCCGUUUACCCGAUGAUAUCCUCAGCCACAUUCUCUCUUUUCUAACCACCAAAAAGGCAGUUCGCACAAGCUUAUUGUCCAAGAGAUGGACUGAUCUAUGGCAAUCUUGCGACACUAUCGACUUCACCGAUAUUCAAGUUCAUUGCAAUAGAACUAAUCGCAGAUGUAACAAACUUGUCGAGUCCGUUUUGGCCACCACCGACUCUCGCAACAUCAACACUUUCCUUCUCGAAAUCCUGUACGGUCAUCCUCAUUUUGCCUAUAAGGUGAAUCAGCCAUUUGAUGAUAUGCCCAUCUUCCAUAAUCUGACUCAUUUGACGCUUACUGAUAGUUGGGAUUUAGUAGUACAAUUGCUCCACCACUGUCCUAAGCUUCAAAAUAUUGAACUUUACGAGGCUAUGUACGUGGAAAGGGAGAAUGAAGAUGAUGAUCCGGCAGUUGUUCCACAAUGCCUUUUAUCGCAUCUUAAAAUUUGCACUAUUCAUAAUCUUGGACGCCUACAAAGGGAAUUUAUAUUACCAAUGUAUAUUUUGGAGAAUGCAAGAGUUUUACAAACCAUGAAAAUCAUAAUUUGGCACCACAGUGAACAGUCCGAACAAUCCGAAUUAGAAAGAAAAUUGUCCUUGUGCUCGAAGGCCUCUGCAACAUGCCAACUCUUUGUUCAUGUUUAAGAUAUAUACUAAGUAAGUAGUAGUUUCGUUAUCUUGUUUGUUGUUUCUUGUUAGAUUUGGUUGUUUGAACUGUGUUAUUAGCUAUUAUGAUUAUGAAUAUCACAACUUUGUCUCAUGUCGUGAGUUAAUGAAAACUGAUUUUUAAAUGAUUUACUUAGUAACUGUUUUUUUGUUUAUUUUUUAAAUUGUUUAUUACUUAAACUUAGAGAUUGCUACAAGUAUGUAUUAGUGGCUACCUUACUUGCAAGAGUAUUGGAAGGUAGAAAAUGAAGAUUCUGUAGAACUAGAUUAGUUUGCUCUAUAUGUUUCUGUUAUUUAUCUAGUUUGUUCAUUUGUCUUUAACUGCAGUGUGGUUUUAAAGGUAUUUCAAUUGGACCGUAAGUUUGCUCCGAUUAAAUCAACCAGUCUCAUGACUGAAAACCAAUGUUUAUUGUUGUAAUAUUUGCUAAAACAUGAAUUAAAGUAUAAGUGUUGGCACUAUAAAUAUAUUUUAGAAAAGGUUGAUUACAAUGUUGAAUCAACGUUUAUGCUUCAAUGCCUAAAAGGUUGGUUGCUAUUAUAUGUUUGAUGUAUUGUAUAACU